AUGCACAAUGCGACUAUUGACGAAGAACUUGCCAACGAUCGUUGGUAUGCCUUGAAGCACGAGGAAGUUAAGGUCUUGGUCGAACAAUUGUGCGACAAGCUCACGAGUGCGAUGCAGAAGUAUUCGUCCGUCGACCAACGCUUCCAGGAUCUGAUCGAUGCAGCAAACAUCGCAAGGAAACUACCUGACAUCAGAUAUUACAGUGUGGCAGUACUUGGAGAGCAAGGUAUUGGUAAGAGCUCUCUUAUCAAUGCAUUAUUCGAACGAGGCCUGCUGGAUCGAUCGGGUUCUUCGAAGGCAUGCACUGCGUACGCAACGGUGCUUGAGUAUAAGCUCGGCGCUCCCGACCACACUACUCUGAGCGAUCUCCUAGUUGUGUUCUUCACCGAAAAGGAAAUCAAGGACUCUAUCAAAGAACAAAUGGAUCGCUGGGUCGAGGUCUAUCCCGGCGUCGACAAGAAUCGCCAAACUCUCCAAGGUGAAGACGAGAACGAUCCUGACGACAACAAUGCUACUCAGCCGCCAAGUAAAACGACUUCCAAGACCAUGUCGCGUGCUAUCACCACCGCUAAGGAAUUUUUCGAGAUCAUCUUCAACGUACAGAAAGAUAAGCAGGCGGGUGUCGAGCUUGAGAGGAUGCUAUAUCAUACGAACAUCAAAGAGGGAAACUUCUUCAAUGAUUGUUGCAAACGUGCCAAUGAUCGAUUCGCGCAACUUGCAACAGACAUGAGUGAAAUGGACCUUCACAACCGAACUGCACACUUCAAGAAUAUUCCCGACAACAGACUGGGCAGAAAAACAGCCAGAGUCAAGGAGUUGUGGCCAUUUGUGAAGGUCGUAACCAUUGCGACCGGCCACAUACUUUUGCGGCAUGGUUUACGCCUCUUCGAUUUACCAGGCUAUGGUGAUACGAGAGCGAACAAGACUAUACUAGUAAUGAACAAGGCCGAUGAACUCAUCAACGAAGACAACAUGGGUACACAAAUUCGACAGAUCAACGAACAACCCUUCCCAGCUUUGAACGCACGCUUAGAGACCAUUGAUAAACUCUAUGAAGAAGGGGAUGCCGAUGAUGAUGUGAUCUCCGACAUGCUAGAUGAGUUACUGAGAGAGGCCACGAUUGCUUACAUAAAGUAUGAGACAGCAAAUGUGCAGAGACAGAUGCAGCCCAAAAGAAUCAAGGUCUUCUCAGUAUCUGCACUGGCUCACACCUCAUCAAGAAGCCGCAUUCAGAGAGACACUCCGAUUCUUGACGAUACCACGGCUGGAAUCUACGCGUUAAGGCACUUCCUGGCUAAAUUGCCGGUAGCCACGAACUAUGGAAAUUUCUACGAACAUGUCUACGCCACGCUACCUUCAUUCCGAAGACAAGCUGAACGACCUUUGGAGAAGCACAUAGAAGACAAAAGUUAUGCUAAGAUGCGACGCGACUUGAAGGCUCAGAUCCAACCACUUCGAUACAACUUGAAGAAUCUCGUUGACAGUCCUCUGCAGUCUCUGGUAGGAAAGCCUUGGUCUCAAAACGAGGAACAGAGUAUCAUAAGUGGCAUACAGCAGCUGGUGCAGAACUCGUGGGUUCAUCCCUUGAUCUACUACCCGGGCUUUGCGAAGAUGCUCGCGGAGAACGGCAAACCAGUCUCCGGCAAAUACAAGGGCUAUAACAUGAACUACGAGCUGCUUGGUACCAUGAAAAGGUUUCUGGACAAUUGGUAUAACAACUUGGACGCCAGCACCGUGGAAUUCGCUAUGAGUUUGGAUAGGGUGCUCCAAAAGCUGUUGCAGGACACUCGAUCGGCCAUCACACAGUCAUCCGCGCAUCCAGAUCUGAAGCUAAGAGCUACUGAAGAGUUGGACCUUGUAAUACGACGCAUUCAGGCGGCCUAUGACAUGCUGCUCACUAGUCUUCGCGUCUCGCUUGGAGAAACUCAUCUGCGAUUCACCACGGAGAUCGACAUCUACUGUCCAAUAGCAACUGCAAUGAAGGCCUCCUACGACCGAGCCUCGGAUCGGAACAUGGUUGGCGCUGGCCCAGGAAUCUACAACAGACAACGACAAGCACUCCAGAACUCGAUCAUCGGCAACCCAACCCAUGGAAACUACGGCUAUGGUCCUCCCGGUGAGGCGUUGCGUCCGCUUCUCCAGGAAAUUGGGGACAAAAUCCAGACUCAGCAGAGAGAUGCGUGGAAGACCGAUUGCGAGGCUUUCGUCACCAGCACUGUUGACUUUGUUGAGGGAUUCUCAAACACUGCUGAACAGCUUCUCAUGAACUCCGCAUAUGUGACUGAAGAGCACAAGCAAGCUCGUGGCGAGUUGAGAAAGCUGCUUAAUGAUUUCGAUAUCAGCCUUGAAGAUGUUCAGAGUCGAUUUGUCGGAGGAGAAGAGGAGCAUACUGAGAAGAAGAUCAAGCGGGAGGAGACGGAAGAUGAGGCACCGGUCGCACCAUCUACUCUCGAUCCGCUGGUCCCUUCCGUACCGAUCUCGCAGAAUGAAGGUUGGACUCAAUUCCGCGAGUGGUUUGGUGGCAGUCGCCCUGGACAGUGA